AUGGGCGCCUUGAAGCAGGCAAAUCCAGCUACUACGCUGGACGACGCCAUGUCUGGCUCUCAAACCGCAGGACCUUCGUCUGAAAACGAUGAAGAGGGCGCCAGCUACGAAGAACUGGCUUUGGAUCCCGACUCGGCUGGUUACAUUCAGUUAUCCCACUCGCAGACAACCUACGUUGGGGGUGGCCAUUGGAUGUCGAUUUUGAGAAACAUACCAGAAUUGGCCGACGUUUUCGGUAGCGAUUUCCGCCUCCUAGACAAGGAUGCCGAUAUGUCUGCAGAGGGAGAAGAUGAUGAACUCGACCUCAUGGGAUACCAUGAGAGGGUAGACCGGCAACAUAUUCUUAACGCACUUCCUCCCAAAGACUUCGCAGACAGCCUGGUGGCGGUAUGCUUUACAAAUACAAACAAUGAAGCAAUGAUUGUACAUCCGCCCACCUUUCGCAAAGAGUACGAGCGUUUCUGGGCAGAUCCGACUUCGACCCCUAUCAUAUGGGUUGGGCUGCUAUUCGCUCUUAUGUGUCUCGCUGUGCAAUACCAGCAAUACUCUCCAGAAGAAGCACGACGGCUGCAGGUUAUCGAGUCGGAUCCGGAAAAUCUCGUUCGACUCUAUCGCACAAGGACCAUUCAAUGCCUCAUUUUGGGGAAGUACAGUAACGCGCCGCCUUAUGCGGUCGAAACCAUCUUACUCUACCUCUUAAUGGAGACACUGGGUCGCCAAAGUACGCAAAACCUUGAUGGGCCCUUGAUACAGUGGGGCAACCUCGUUCGGAUCGCAUUCAAAGCCGGCUACCACAGAGACGGCUCCAAUUUUCCUGGUAUUUCAUGUUUUCAGGCGGAAAGACGGCGAAGAGUCUGGGCAAUUCUGGUGGGAUGGGAUCUAUAUUUGUCGAUGCAAUUUGCCUUGCCCUCGAUGAUCAAUCUGUCACUGUGCGAUACCAAAGAACCCAGAAACCUUGGAGACGAAGACCUCUAUGAGCAUAUGGUGGAAUUGCCGCCUCCAAGAGCGAACUCGGCACAUACACUCCCUCAAUUUCACGUCGCCAAGAAUCAACUGCUCGAGAUCUUUGGUAGAAUCAAUGACUUGACGACGUCGGUCAAAUCUUCACCUUCGUACACCGAAAUUCUCAAACUGGACGCCACCCUUACGAAUACAUAUGAAUCGAUCAUCUCCGUGUGGCAACCUCAACACCAACCACAAGACUCGAUGUCGACUUCUUCGCGAGCUGCUCCCUUUAUCAGCGUGGCUUACACAUUCCUCGCUUUCAGCUACUACAGAGCCCGGAUCGCCUUGCAUCGCAAGUACAUCGCUCCCGGGCGAAAGCACAAGCAAUUCACCUAUUCGCGCAAGGUCGGAAUUGAAGCCGCUCUGACCAUCUUGCAACAUCAAUGGGUCUUGUAUCUGGAAACUCGAGUAGGUGGUCAACUAUGCCGUCACGGCUGGAAGUUCCUGGUCCUUCUCAUUCAGGACUUCUUAUAUGCAACAGCCAUUCUCUGUGCGGAGCUUGCGGAAGAAAUAUCCCCUACCGAUCUGGGAUGGGCCCCGGCUUCGGAGGAUGUUGGCAAUGCCAGUAACCAAAUGCGCGACCGGGUCUUCCACGCGUUGAGCAGUGCGUACAUUGUGUGGCUCCAGUCCAAGGAGUCCGAGUCAUCACGCGAAGUGAAGCUCGUCGUUGCCUCCCUGAAGCACUUACUCAGCAGAGCCCAAGAGGCAGGGGUUGGGCAGACGACGAUGAUAGCGCCGACAGCGCCAGCAGUUCUACCCAAACCCAGCGCGGAUGCAUAUGCGGUUGAGUCAGGAAGCACACUUGCUGGGCAAGCGCCGUCUCUGUCUGCUUCGGCAGCAGCAACGCCCCAGAGCGAUGGGAUCUAUUGGGGAAUCGGGCAUUUUCCCAUUUGA